AUGGCUGCUUUUGCUCAUUCAUUGUCCUUAAUAAGCUUCUUCUUGAUGGCACGUAUGUUAGCCGGAACAACUGCGGCAAAAGUUGCUUCGCCGCGAACCAUCUACUACCGACCAAGCGCUUGGGAAAAAGCUUAUGCUACAUUUUACGGUGAUGAGACGGCACAAGAGACUAUGGGAGGAGCUUGUGGGUAUGGAAACUUGUUUAACAACGGUUAUGGAACGGACACAGCAGCCUUAAGCACAGCAUUAUUCAACAACGGUUAUGCUUGUGGGCAAUGCUUUCAAAUAAGAUGUGUUCAGUCCAAACAUUGUUACUCAGGGUUCACCACCAUCACCGCCACCAACAUCUGUCCUCCCAACUGGUCUCAGGACUCCAACAACGGCGGCUGGUGCAACCCGCCCCGCCUCCACUUCGACAUGUCCAAACCCGCUUUCAUGAGAAUUGCAUGGUGGAAGGCCGGCAUCGUCCCCGUUCAGUACCGCCGAGUGCCAUGCGUAAGGAAAGGAGGGCUAAGGUUCAGCUUCCAAGGAAAUGGGUAUUGGUUGCUGGUGUAUGUGAUGAAUGUGGGAGGAGGUGGUGACAUUGCAAGCAUGUCAGUGAAGGGAAGCAAAACAGGAUGGAUAAGCAUGAGCCACAAUUGGGGAGCUUCAUACCAAGCUUUUGCAACUCUCGGAGGCCAAUCUCUUUCUUUUAGAGUCACUUCCUACACAACCAAACAAACCAUUAUAGCUUCGAAUGUUGCUCCUGCUGAUUGGCGAGUUGGAUUGACUUACAAGACUAAUGUCAACUUCCAUUGA